CCUAACUGUCUGGAGGCUACAGACUGGCUAGUACAUGUAUAUAGCUGGCCUGGACUGGACCUACCUCGGACAGCAGACUAAUACAUAUUGUAUAUCAUCAUAUUAAACACUAUACCUAUAGCUAAAAUACAGAUUCCUUCACAGCAGCUGUGGAGGUGUCUCGGUGGAAGUGUCUCGGUACAGGUGUGGUAUAGGUGUGCCAUGUCUGUGGACACAAACACUACAGUGACAUCACUAUGAGAUAUACUGGUAACUACAGCCAGUGAAUCACCUGGAUGGCAGCAUGGAUAGGUCUAAGGUUGUCAGAUGGUUGGAUGGUGUCAACUCAGAGAAAGUAAAGUACAGAGCUGCAGAAAAUGGAGGCCAUUGUGCAAAUGACUUGAAUGAUGACAACAAUGGAGUGACCACAGUUGAGUUACUGAAGAGAGAUGGAUUUGGACUGGGACUUAUCAUUUCAGGUGGAGUAGACAAAAAUCUCCGAGCACAAAUCUCCAAUCUGAAACCAGGGGGUAUAGCUUACAGGUCUGACUGUCUGGAGAUUGGGGACUACAUCCUGUCAGUCAAUGGAAUUAAGACGGUGGACAUGAAACAUGAUGAGAUCAUUAGUCUCCUACGUAAUGUCGGCGAGCAAGUUCUGCUGGAGGUGGAGUACCAACUACCUGAUAAUACCAUUUCAGACUCCUUCGCUGUCAGCUGGAAGCAGAGUAAUAUCACCCUAGAAAAGGAGGGUCAGAGUUUUGGUUUUACAUUGAGGGGAGGUUACCAUGAAAAACAGGCGAAGAUCCGCCCCCUAACUGUCACUCACAUCAGAGGAGGUGGACCUGCAGACAGGGAGGGAUCUAUAAAGAUUGGAGACAGGAUUGUGGCCAUUAAUGAGUACAACGUGGCCCACUUCACCCUGUCAGAGGUCAACAUGUUCGUACAGCAGUGUGGUCAGGAGGUGACCUUCACCUUCGAGUAUGAUGUGUCGGUCAUGGAUGCAGUAAAGAAUGCACUAGGUGCCCUACUGGUGGAGAUAGACAAGCUGCCUGGCGUGACACUGGGGAUCGCUCUCACUCAGGCCUCCCAUCAGGGGCGCUGGUGUCUUUGUAUAGACAACAUGCAGCCCAUGUCUAUAGCAGACAGAUGUGGAGCACUAAAUAUUGGGGACCUGAUCCUGUCAAUAGACGGUGCCACAGUGGAACACAUGUCAAUAGCAGAGGCGACGCAGCUACUGCGGAAUAGUACAGAGGAUGUGGUGAAGCUGGAGAUACUGCCGGUCAGGGUCGUCCAGCAACAAAAUUCCCGAGACAUCCUCAGUAAAAAUGGCAUGUUUUCUAAUCCUGUAAGAAAUUCUCAUCUAGCUGCCGCAUCCUCCUUCCCUGCUAUCCCAUCAUCCUUCUCCACUCCUGUAGGGUUCGGCAGUAAGCAUCCCAUAGCAUCCAGCAUGUUGUCCUUUCCUUGUGGGUCAGGUACAUUGAAAAUGUCAGGAAGGAAACAAGCUGCCCUUGUAAGGGGGAGCAAAAAACCUAGCUCUUGUAUGUCUAUAUCAUCAGCGACAACAUCUAUGAUGGUCAGUAACCAGGUAUGCCACUCAGAGACAUUAACGGUCAAUUUGAAGGGGGACUACCGUGGACUAGGGAUGAUCGUCACUGGUAACAGCGACCAUACCGUCCUUGAUGAUUUCCCAGUGGUGUCGUGUUUACAGCUGGGCAGUGUAGCAGAGAGGUGUGGCCUGUUACAGGAGGGAGACCGAGUGCUAUCUGUCAAUGGGAAGGACACAUGUGAUUGUAGCUUAGAGGAGGUGAGCCGUGUCCUCAGACAGCCCAAACUCAGUACUGAGCUGGAGGUGGAGUUUGACAUCACAGAGUCGGUGAUGCCCAGUUCUGGUACGUUUGUGGUGAAGCUUCCCUACCCCACUGGAGGUGUCGGGAUUACCAUGAGUAGGGCACCUAAGGACAAAGUCAAUGAACAGCUUAUAAUCACAGGAGUGCAGAAGGGCAGUGUGGCUUACAGGUGUGGAUCUGUCCAGCCUGGGGACAAACUGUUGACCAUCAAUGACAUCAGGACAGACAACCUGAGCAUGGAGGAGGCGGAGAACACCCUACAGAGCUGGGACGACAUUGUGAAACUCAAACUCAAACGAGAGGAUCCUUACACAGAUGACAGUGGGGAGGAGUGUGUUACAUACACAGUGGAGUUACAGCGCCACGGUGGCCCUCUGGGUAUUACCAUAUCAGGGACAGACAACCCUGCCGACCCCAUCAUCAUCUCAGAUAUCAUAGAGGGAGGCUUGGCUGAACGGACGGCUGCUAUACACAUGGGUGACAGACUGCUGGCCAUCAAUGGUACAACUACCAGGGCACGCACUCUCACCGAUGCUACGCAAAUGUUACAGACGGCCGGAGACAGGGUCAACCUGAGGAUCGCCCGUCCAGCAGAGACAUCCAAAACAAAGAAUAAAAAGUUGCAGUUGCCUGACCGGUCCACCACCCCUAUAGCCAGUGUGGAUAGUGCCAUGGAGUCCUGGGACAGCUCCGGGCCAGACGUGGGUUCAGGGACAGGGGCACACGCCCUCAUUGUUGGCAAGCCCCUUCCCAAGACCAAGACCAGUGUGUCCCAAUCCCAGGAUUCUGCCAACUUUGCUACAGAAACCAUUGGGAAUGGUUGUAGUGAGUUCAAUCCGUCCGACUCGGAGUGGGACAACUACAGUAAUGGUAGUCAUGACAACGGCAGUGACGACGGAGACGGUAGUGAUUGGCAGAUCAGUAAAGCAUUUAAAGACUACGAAAACCAAUCUGAAAUGUUGAAACAAAUCAGUGCAAGUCUACAACAGCGAGGAACAGCAAGCCUGGACAGACGGAAAUCUUCCGAACAGAAAUCACAGUUGUUGAAAAAUUUCUCUCAUAGUACUGCAAAGGAUUUCUCGAGUGAAAGUGAACUUCAUCAUAUGUCAGGGCGGUCCAAACAGGGUGUGAAGUGUAGAGACAAUCGGUUAAGAACUGAAGCCUACCAGGAUCAUGUGAAAACCAUCUUCUCGCCUACGGCUGUACAGUUACACAAAGUGAAACUUGUAAAAGAAACAGCAAUAGACGAUUUUGGAUUUGGUUUGUCUGAUGGAAUGUACGAAAAAGGUGUUUACAUCAGCGGGGUACGGGAGGGAAGUUUAGCCGACAAGGCCGGAGUCAAACAGUUUGAUAGAAUACUCCAGGUGAAUGGCCAUAAAACACCAGACUUUGAUUGUUGUUUGACGAUACCUUUGAUCACAAAGGCGGGGAAUAAACUGGACUUGAUUAUAUGUCGUAACCCUAUCGCCAAGACUAAGAGUCCCGCAGUGGAGGGGAAGGGGAAAGACACAAAAACAGUCAGAGAUCAUAACUCGGUGGAUUGCUCACAGCCCUACAUGAAUGUGUCGCAUUUGGUAAAGGGGUUUGAAACUCCUAAGAGUGUGUGAGAUUCCCUGUGUGUAUGGAAAGGUGGACACACCCAUAAGUGUGUGGUGUUAUGUGUGUGAGAUAAUCACUCAUGUGAGAUAAUCACUCAACUGUGAUAUUGUUUUUUUAGAUAUUUGGGGUGUUGACAUGAACGACAAAAUUACGUCAAUAGAAAUUUAAAUAUCAGUUGUUAAGCCUGUUCCAAAUAAUGCAAAAUUUGAAAUCUUUUUUUGGGAGAUACCUAAAAAUUAAAUGUUUGUUUUGUCUGAAAGUUUUUGAAUUCCAAUACAUUUUGGAACAUAUGCCUCCUGGAACAUGUGCACUCUUUGUUAGUUGCCAUUAACCUGAUCUAGUUUGAGACAAAUGGACCCUCUUAUUGAUCCAUUGUGCAACUGUUUGGUAUCAUCAUUCUCUUAAAUCUAUCAGCGAAAUUUCCUUUUAUGAUAUACUUUCCAGAUGAUUUUUUUCUGUGCACCUAUAUUUCAUAUCUCAGAGAAAUAAAAAGCUAAUAGAGAAAAAACCUGAUACCCGUUUGUUCUUCAAUGACAAAUUGAAAAGCAAUGAAAUGUUUGACUGAAACAGAUGUUUAGGAUUGUCAGGCAGUGUUUAAAUGGAUUUCUUAGGUGUCAUGGAGCAGUAUCUACCCUUAUUUUAUUGUCAAGUGGAUCUGUCAGCUACUGGUUAGCCGUAAAGCAGGUACUAGAUCAUCAGGCAAAGUAAUGAACUUAACCAGCUUCUAAAGUGUCAUAGAUCUGUAGUAGAUUUUAUCUUGUCUAUUGGGGCUUCCAGAUUCUGAUGUGUCAUAGAGCAGAUACUAUAUUGCCAAGUGGAUCUGUCAGCUACUGGUGAGCCAUAAAGUAGGGACUAGAUUGUCAAAAAAAGUAACAAACUUUACCAGCUUCUAAAGUGUUAUAGAUCUGUAGUAGAUUUUAUCUAUUGGGGCUUACAGAUUCUGAUGUGUCAUAGAGCAGAUACUAUUCCGUCUUUGCGUAUUGCAGAGUUAUCUUCUGUUGUGAGCAGGUAUUGAUUGUUACGUCAUU